AUGGCAGAAUUGGAGCUUGUUGACUAUGGGCCCCCCGAUACGUAUAUAGUAAUGAGAGAAAUAAUCGAGGAGGAGAAAUUGACAACGAUAGAAAAACCCGGAGAAUACCUCGAUGCGUUGGAAGAAUAUGUCUUUGCCUCUUUCACCGCCACAGCUCCUACCCCUGGAAUCCGCGAGAGCAUUAAUCAAUUAUGGCUCGGUAUCGCACGAUAUGGGCCAACAAUACCAGCUUCUAUCAACGACGCUACAAUGAGCGUACGAAAGCGAAUUCCUGGACUAGUUGAUUUCGAAAUUCUACCACCGCCUCCUCCGUCGCCACCAAUGAGCUGGGAAGAAAAGUCUAGGGAUUGGGUGGAGAAUCAUCCGUGGAUUGUUGGUGGUAUUGUUGUUGUAGGCUUGGGUGUUGGGACAGGGCUGCUGGCUGGCUAUCGCUACCUUAGAGCUGGAAGGAGAUCCCGAAGUCGACCAGAGCACAGUCAUAGCUGUCGUCAAGUCGUCGUCGUCCUCGGAGGUGACUCACCCUAUGGACUCCCGCUCAUCCUUAAUCUCGAAGCCAAAGUAUAUAUCGUGAAUACAAGUGUAUCUUCGACUGAGAAUGUCGAAGACCUAGAACGAAAAUCCCAUGGAUUUGUACGUGCACCGGUUCUCGAUCCGGCUCACAUCAAUACUGUCCCGGUUUUCCUUCGCUCAUUGCGUGCAACUUUAUCCCGUCACUUCCCAAUCAACGCUGCUGGUGACCCUUAUGCUCCUCCUUCUUCUCAUCCUUAUAUUCAUUCUAUCAUUUCCCUACUCACUCUACCACCUACUUCUCUUCACCCCUCUGCUCCAUUUGAACACAUAUCUCUUGUCGACACAUACCUCCCUUACAUAACCCAAACCCAGCUCACGUCCCUUCACAUUAUCCAGUCCCUCCUUCCUCUUCUUCGUAACCCACACGUCCCUCAUUCCGAACCGAAAUCAAUCAUCAUAUGUCUACCAGCUGCCGAAACUCGGGUCGGGUUGGCGUUUCAUAGUGUUCAAAGUAUGAGCACAGUAGGAACACUUCGAGCUGCCAAGGUGUUGAGGAAGGAAAUCAGGGUAGCGGCGAGGAUGGGAAAAUCCGGAGAAAUUAUGCGUGGUGUCAGAGUGGUCGUGGUGGCGAGUAUUUCCAGCAGUAUUUCAAACAGCCUCAUCGGUGGGCUAUCUACCAUACGGAAGAAACGCAAGGCAAAUUUUGCCGAUAACAAAUCCAGUAUGGACCUCGUUAACCCGCCUUCAGACGUGGAGAGCUUGCAUAAAAAUUUGCACGGUUUACACAGCGAGGCCGAGUCCCGAAUGUUGGGAAUGUCAAGGACUUCGAGAGCUUCCAGGAAGGCAAAUUCGAGAUUUGGGUAUUCUGAUGAUGAGGAGGAUGAGGAUCCCGAGGGGAUGGAGGAGGACAUCGAGUAUGACGAGGAACACGAUGGAGAUAAUGACAACGAUGAGGACGACGACGGGGUAUCUUUGCCACUCCCCUGUCCUUCUCAUCCCUCCAACUUGAAAAAUCUAAUAUCAACCUACAUCUCCAUGACCGCCUCUCGCGAAUCCCACCUCCUAACCAACCUCACAUCCACCAAACACCGUCUUUCCGGCACGCGUUCUUCUUUAUCUCGAACACGCAAAUCCCUCCGUACCACCAAGAAAUCCCUCCGCGCCACCAAAGAAUCGCUUCGUGCUUCUGAGACAGCUCAGAAAAAAUUGGAAGUCACGGUGAAUCAAGCGAAACGCACACAAAAGGCGUGGGAGGAGAGUAUGAAAGUGGUUUUGGAGGAGGAGGUGGGCUUGGAGAGGCAAUUGAAAAGAACGAGUAGGAAUUUCAAUAGUUUGAAGAGGGGGAGUAAGGUCCUCGGGAGUGGCCCAACGAGCCCAAUACUGGCGAUCCUUCCGUUUCGCCAGGGGCUUUAUCCACCGCAAGUGAGGGUGAUAGAGAAGACUACGGCUGCGUAUGCGACGGCGACGGCGACUCCAAGUUCCUCGAUAUCUACCUCUACCCCUCUUACCGUCCCAGAUCCAUCCGAUGUAUUUACCUCCUCUGUCACUUCUACUCUUGCCUCAUCUCCUUUUGCCUCCUACUCCCCUUACGCCUACCUCUGCGCUUCUCUCCCUAUCCGUGCCGAACGACCUGCAACCUCCCCUUGGUCCGCGCUCAAAAAUAGUAUCGGAAAAGACCUCACAAAGAUCUCGUUCCCUGUCUAUUUCAACGAGCCGACGAAUAUGUUGCUGAGGAUGGCUGUGGAUAUGGAGUUUUCAGAGUGUUUGGACAUCGCCUCCUCAACUCCCUCCCCGCGCCUCCGGAUAGUUUACAUCGCUGCGUUUGCAAUGUCGAAUAUCGUUCGACAAUCGGGAGGAUUGUGA